UCUGCUCGCCACAGGUGUUCAUCUUUUCUCUAUCUCUCUCUCUCUCUCUCUCUCUCUCUCCCAAAUCCCAAUAUCCCAUCUCACCAGAAAACGUACAAAUUAACAAACACAUACCCUUCUCUCUCUUUCAGUUCCACUUUCUUUCCAAACUGAAAACAACGAUGUCUGAAGUGAAACAACAACCGCUAGCAAUCGAUGUAGAUUUGCCAGAAGAAUGUUGGGAACUCAUAUUCAAUCUCCUCCUCGACCACCACCGUCACUUCGAAUCACUCUCUUUGGUCUCCAAGCACUUUCUUGUUCUCACCAAUCAACUCCGAACUACCCUCACUGUCUCCGACCAAACCACUCCUUUCCUUCCUCGACUUCUCCGAAGAUUCCGACAUCUCAAAAACUUAGACUUCUGUGGGUUCCAUGGAGACCUCGAAAGCAUUCUUUGUCUGAUCGCCAAAUCCAAAUUGGACCUCGAAGCUCUGAAUAUUUCGAACCAGAAGAAUCUUCACUUGAAUGGGUUGCAUGUAUUGGGUUCAAAUAUGAAGAAUUUGAAGAGCUUGAAUUGCUCCAAGGUCUCUUUUUUGCAGGACAUUCAUCUAUUUGUUAUUGCAGCGUCAUUUCCACGUCUUGAAGAGCUUGAUAUCAGCUAUCCUGAGCACAAAAACAUCUUUUCCUCAAUUGGGUCAGAGGAUUCAGGAACAUUUUCGGGGCCUGUGACUGAUUUAGGAGUUUCAGAAUUGUCAUCGAGGCUCAAUAAUCUGAUCAAGAUCGACCUUUCAGGUAAUCAGUUCAUUACUGAUAAGUCACUCAUCCACUUGUCAUCUAGGUGUGUCUUACUUAGAGAAAUCGCGGUCCGAGACUGCGCUUUCAUAACCCAAAAUGCUAUUGCUUUCACAAUUAGCCAUAGUCCUGGAUUGAAGUCCAUUGCGGUAAAUGAAAUUGGGUUUCCGUCUGUGGAUGAUGUUUUCAAAGAGUCAUUUCUACAUGCAAAGGUUUUAAGCGAUCUUGAUUUGUCAAGCUCAUUUGUCUCAGAUGAACUGCUUAAUUCAAUUGUAGAAGCGUGUCUUCCAUUAAAUAAACUCAUUCUUGCUCGUUGCCAUGGUUUCACGUUUGCUGGAUUAUUAUUGCUAUCGAGUAAGUACCAUUCUCUUAGCUUGAUAAGUGUUGAAGGAGUGAAUUUCCUCACUGAUCAGUACAUAAAUGAAUUGUCAAAGUUUUUUUCUAAGUUAACCUCAAUAAACCUUGGCUUUUGUUCUAAACUGACCAAUUCGACUUUCUUUACUCUCACAAGAAAUUGUCCUUUGUUGAAUGAGAUCAAUAUGGAGAGGACAAACCUAGGCGAAAAAGAAUUUCCAACAAAAUUUGUGGUGAACCCUCAAGUUAAGUUUCUAAAUUUGGCUCAAAAUGGCAAAUUGAGUAACGAAAGUAUCAAAAGGUUUGUGGCCAUCUGCCCCAAUUUACAGGUGCUCAAUUUAAGCUCUUGUAGGGGUAUCACAGAAGAAGGCUUUGAAGAGAUUUUUAAGAGAUGCAGUGAGAUUAGGCACUUAGAGAUAAACUAUUUUAGUGCGAUUACGGAUUUUGCAAUAGACUCUGAAGUUUCCAAAUUGGAGAAAUUGAGUGCAAGAGGAUCAGGGGUUAAUGAUGAAGCUUUGGCAAUGGUAGGAAAGAGAAGUUGCAGGCUAUUGAAUUUGGAUCUGGCAGGCUGCUUGAAUGUGACGGAAAAAGGGGUGAAAGAAGUGGUGAAGAACUGUAGAAAAUUGAGGGAGAUAAAUUUGAAGUGGUGUGACAAUGUGAAUAUUGAUAUUGUUGCUUGGAUGGUGAUUACGAGGCCAUCCCUGAGAAAAAUAAUCCCACCAUGUGGUUUUGUUCCUACGGAAAGCCAAAUGAAACUUUUCUUGAGUCAUGGCUGUUGUGUUUGUGAGGGCUAGCAUUUUGAAAGAACAUGGAAAGUCUCUUUUGGAUCUUUCUAGCUCUGUUUUAGUUACUUGUGGACAAUUGUUUGAAAAUAAGGAUUGUAGUAAAUUUACAAUUUUUUUUCUUUAUUUGUAAAUUGUAAUUUUAAAUUUAUAUAUGUAGCCACUCAUUUCUGUAUCCAAUGAUCAAUGUAAAAAAGGCUGUUAAGUA